GUCCCCCCCGAUUCCCAAACCCCGACGCGCCCUCGCGGUUCGCCAAACCAUCCCAAAAGAAGAAAAAAAAAGAUCUCGCCGUCAUGCCGUCGCGCUACGUGAUCGAGGAGGAUCGCUACGACAUCGACGCGUACAACGACCGGGUGUACGAAGAGAUGGCCAUGCGGGCAAGAUUCCAGUCGGCCAGACCGGUGGUGGCCAUCCGGGGAGGACCGGUGGCGGAGGAGGACGGAGGGGAUGGCGGCGCCGAAGGAUCCAGCGCCGACGAGGAAGAGGAAGAGGAUGAAGAAGAGGAAGAGGAUGAAGAAGACGAAGAGGAGGAGGAGGAGGAGGAGGAGGAGCGGGAGGGGGUACAGUUGGUCGCGGGCGAUUGCGAGCCACCCCCACGAGCUAGGGUUUCCGGGGUGUCGGCGGCUGCCGGCGCCGGCGCAGCGGUGGAGAGGGCCAACACGUCCACCUGCCCCGUCUGUAUGGACCUGUGGACCUCUCAAGGACCACAUCGCAUCAGUUGCAUCCCAUGUGGGCAUGUCUAUGGGAGAUCUUGCCUAGAGAAGUGGUUAACCCAGCAUGGGAACCGAAGUGCGAAGUGCCCUCAGUGUGCCAAAAGGUUUAAACAUAAGGACAUCAUCAAUCUCUAUGCACAAGAGGUUGCCAUUCCUAAUAGUGAAAUUGAGAAGAAAAUCUCAUAUUUAAGAGAGGAAAUUAGUUCUCUGAAAAGGAAGGUUGUGCGCCAUGAUAAAAUGUUUGAGGAGAUGACCAAGAGGCAGAAUGAUAUGGAGCAGGGAAUAAAUUAUGGUGUUAGCUCAAAGAGACAGAAGGUGGCUCAGCACCCAUAUGAAGCUGCAAAUCUGGAGCCAUCUAUCCCAGCCACAAUAAGUUUUAGCUUACAGAAUGAAUUACCUGUGGAUGGAGCUCGAGUCAUCAGCAUAGAUGCAUGUAACAAAAAAAUACUUGUUUCUGGAAGGGCAACUGCUAUAGGUGCUGAGUAUGUUCUUACCAAGAUUAACAUGUCCAACCAUGAAGUACGCAAAAUCCAUCUUCCUCCCGAUACCAAAGCUGUUAGGGAUAUGUGUAUCCUGCCAGGUGGCUCUGCUAUUUUGACGUCACUAGGAAAGAAGCUAUCACUUUUCAGCAUGACAACUGACAGCAUUACUCUUAAUUGGGAUUUGCCGGCUCCUGGUUGGUCAUGUGCAGUAGGUCCAUCUGGUUCACAUCAUAUUUAUGCUGGAUUGCAGAAUGGCAUGGUUUUGGUAUAUGAUAUCCGUCAAACUGCAAGACCCAUGCAUUCUAUGGUGGGGCUAUCUACAAAUCCGGUUCAUACCCUCCACUCUGUCAUUGAUAAUGGUGGUUCCAGGAAGGUUCUUUCAGCCUCUGCUAUAGGUCCUUGUAUGUGGGAUGCCGAUAACAAUCAAAGCAGGCCACAUUUGCUAACUGAGAUGGGGGAUCAGCGUGUAUGCAUUUCUCUUGCAUGUGCUGCUCCAUCAUGUGACCUUAUGGUGGCUUCCUUCCGGCCCAAAGUUAAUCCGUCAGGAGAUGAAGUUGCCGCAUCUCAAGUUUAUCUAUCACAAACGCCUAUGCGGUCUGGCUCAGGGAAACCAGGGUACCACGCCCUAAUCCGGAGGAGGGAUAACACAUCCUUCACUGAAGGCAUAGCAUGCUAUGCCAAUGUGAGCGAGUCACGCAUGUCGAAAUCGGCAAUCAUACCUUACGGAGACAACCAGCAACUCUUUGCAUAUGGGGACGAGUCACUGCGUGGGGUACGGACAUGGCAGCUGCCUUCGUUUCAGACCCAUGCUGAUCUCUGCACCCAUCGGGAGCCCAUCCUUGAUUUAAGGUAUGCUGAAACUGAAAGUCCAGAUGGAAGGAAAUACCUUGGUUGCUUAAGCGAGGAGAAGCUGCAGGUCUUUAGAGUUAAUUAAUUAAUUAGGUAACCCUUCAGGGAGCAUAGCAUGAUAGCAUCUAGCUGGCCUAUUUUUGGUUUUUACUUUUGGUAGCUCAGCUAAUUGCUAGGUAACAUAACAUCCAUAGGACGUGCUAGUUUGUAGUGCAGAAGAAAGUCUUUUGAUGUGUACAUACGGGGCAGCUGAGAGGACCGGAAGGCUAGUUUGGCUCGCUGUGAAUGUGUGUGGACUCAGCUGUUUAAUUAUGAAAGAUGAUGCUAUCAGUGUUAAAAUUUGUGAGGUUCGAUCAAAA